GGGGAAGGAGUAGAGGCGAUUAUCCAAAGCGCGCUCACAGCUGAAAUAUUGGGGCCACAUGCAUCGGCAAAAGACGAGAACGCGCGCCCUGUGUCUUCUCUGCUUCCUUCUCGGAUACUGUCGUUUCCUGCAUUCCAGUUGAUUGGGAAGGGGGGCCGGGACGACCACUGAGUAGCGAAAUUCUAGGAUAAGAUGGAGGUUUGCGAGAGACUUUUGUGUCUGGCUGUGGUGUCCAGCGUUCUCUGCGUUGGCUCGGUUCUGGGGAAAUACGUGAGAGGUAUCGUCAACACCAAGGAGGACUGGUUGUUCCUUACUCGCUUCUGUUUUCUCACUGAUUUUGGACGUCUGGACUUCCGGUUCCGCUACCAAAAGUCGCGAUGCUGUCAGAAUAUAUUGCUCUACUUUGAUGACAGCUCUCAGUGGCCAGCUGUGUACAAGAAGCCGGACAAGGACUGCUACCAGAAGGAGGCGGUGUUGAGACCAGAGAAUAACCAGGUUAUCAACCUGACCACACGCUACACCUGGUCUGGCUGUGUGGUGGAAGGAGAGGGGGAUGAGGAGGUGCUGAGUUGUGUGGGAGGUCGUAGUUUCCGCUCGGUGAGGGAGAGAUGGUGGUACAUUGCUCUAAGCAAGUGUGGGGGGGAAGGUUUGCAGCUGGAGUAUGAGAUGAAGCUGACCAAUGGCCAGUCUUUCUGGACACAGCAUUUCUCUGCAGACGAGUUUGGGAUCCUGGAAACUGACAUCACGUUCCUGGUUAUCUUCUCCCUGGUCUUCAUCCUCUCAUGUUAUUUUGCCUAUAAUCUGAAAGGAAGGCAGCUUCUCCAUACGACAUAUAAGAUGUUUAUGACUGCGGCUGGUGUAGAGGUUGUCAGCCUUCUGUUCCACUGUAUCUACUGGGGCCUGUAUGCCAGAGAUGGAGUGGGCAACGGCAGUCUCAAGAUAAUGGGGAAAUUACUGUUCUCUGUCAGUUUCCUGGUGUUCCUACUGAUGCUGAUCCUGCUGGGAAAAGGCUUCACUGUCACCAGGGCGAGGAUCAGCCACAGUGGAUCUGUAAAGCUGUCCAUCUACAUGACAGUCUACACCGUCACCUAUAUCAUCCUCUUCAUAUACGAGGCAGAGUUCUUUGACCCAGGUGAGGUGCUGUAUGCAUAUGACAGCCCAGCGGGCUACGGUCUGAUGGGUCUCCAGCUGCUGGCCUACGUGUGGUUCUGUUACGCCGUCCUGAUCUCCCUCAAACACUACCCUGAGAAACAAUCCUUCUACAUCCCCUUCUUCACGGCAUACACACUCUGGUUUUUCGCGGUGCCCGUCAUGGCUCUGAUAGCUAACUUUGGCAUCCCUCGCUGGGCACGGGAGAAGAUCGUCAACGGCAUCCAACUGGGAAUCCACCUCUAUGCUCACAUCGUAUUCCUCGCUAUCACGCGGCCCUCUGCAGCCAAUAAGAACUUCCCGUACCACGUGCGGACCUCUCAGAUCGGGAUCCUACUGUCUAGCCCGAAGGCGGGUGUGGCGAGUGAGAGUUUCCCCCACCAUGCCUAUGGGAACAGCUCCUUCCUGGGCGACUCCCAGCCCAACUUCACAGAACUGUUCUCCAUCCAGUCGGGCCCAGUGAAGACGGUGGAGGAGACGGUGGGCCGGAAGGGACAGGAAGUGCAGAGGAACAGUGAGCAUAAGAUCAUCACCACCACGGCUGACCUGUCGUCACCUACCUUCCCCCCACUCCCUCCCCCCAUGCUCCCCCGCCUCUCUGCCCACUCCUCCCCUCCCCCUCCACGACUCCCCUCCCACUUUACCGAGUACUUCAGCAUGCAGGGGGGAGGGGGCGUGGGCACCAAGGCAUGAGACAGACAGAGAGAAAGAGGGACACAGAGAGAAGGAGAAAGAUCGAGAGGGAGGUGGAGGAAGAUCAGGUAGCACAGAAAACAGGUCAAGCUAUGUAUAGCCACGAGGGAAGGAGGGAUGGAUAUAAGGAGGAAGAGAAGGGGAAGUCAUCAUAAGCAGACAUGUGGAAUAGAAGUUUGAAACGUCCCAUUUUCACCUCUAAAUGGAGAGAAUGGGAAAUGGCUGUGAGUUAAAGUGCUGAGCUUGUAAAAGAAAGAGAAAAAGAAGCAAUAAAUAUUUGAACAUGAGCAGGGAGAGAGGCACCGGGAGGGAGAGAUGACAGAGUGGAUGUAGCCUGACCAAUAGAAUGAUAGGAGCGCACAGUGGAGACUGAACAAAACUCCUAUGAACACUUUUAUUCAAGAAUUUAUGAGGCAUCAAUGGAGGGGCUGAGGGAAACGUGUAAAUAGCUGAAGAGAAUGAGUUCCCAUUACUCUAAAAUAGUUGCAGAGUUUAUAUUACAAAAGGGAUGUUUUUUCCCCACAUUGUCAAAUUCCAAGUGGUGCUGUGACCAUUGCAGUUCUCAUGCCAUUACAUUGUACAAGAGUAAAAUUUUCACUCAUAUCCUGAAACAAUACAUUCAUGUUUUUUUCUUCAUGUUUGACAGAUGUUGUUAACACAAAAUAUUGAAUUUCUCCAUAUAUAAUAUGUUGGGAUGAUUUAUAUUCUUAGAUAUGCUGAUUGCUCCAGGCUUUAGGAUUGAUAUACUGAUGUUUAAGUGUACAAUGUUCAGUUUACUGUGGACCACUGAGGUACUGCUAAAACAAGCAUGUCUCUAAACUGAUUAUACUCCAUGUGCUCAUACAGUGCGCGUGCCUGUUGUACUACUAUUCAAUAACUUUGUAUAUUUCAUACCAUAUAGGCUAGUGAGGAGGUGUUAAUGUCACUUCUUCUUCUGGAACCUUAUGUCAUACUGUCCCCAGACAAUGGUUUCAACUCCCAAUACUACUGUUCAGCUCUCACUGGAGUGCAAGAUAUUAGCUUGCUCUGAAUGUAAUUCCUUGAUGUAUGUAGACCUUGGUGAAUGUAUUAAUGCAAUAGAGCACAAGGAAAGGGGUGGUUUUAAAGUUACAUUUUAUACUCUCUUAUACUAUACUUUUUUUUUACAUAGAAAUCAUACUUAUAGCUUGUUUUACUUUCAAUUUCAGCCUCCAUCCUUGACACAUGAUUUAAGGAGGGAAAGUUGUCCAGCGAGGAUAUGAACUAACUUCACAAUCACCCCCCCCCCCCCUGACUAGUAUGUAAUGAUGUCAUGUCAACUGUGUGAGGGGCUCAUUGUUGUUUAUCCAUAAGUAGGAACAGUAGUUCUUCCUGAACAUGAAAAGUCCUGGGCCCAUAAACAACUAAAGCAAACCUUUUCGAGUAACUGUGAAAGUAGUAGCACCAACGUCCUGUUUGUCCUGCAUGAAGCACUUUAAUGUUCCCCUUCUCUUAGUUUUCUGUUCCGCCAUUUAUUUCAAAGUGACUUUGAAUAGCGCUUUAAUCUGGAUCAUACGUAUCCACACACUACAUCCAAUGAUAUUCCGGUAUCAAAUAUACAAAUGUUACCUGUAGAUAUGUUCAUAUUAAUCAAUGUUAUCAAGUGUCAUUAUCAGACAUUUAAAAAUGUACAUGUAUCUUAAUAACAUGAAGUUGAUGAAAUAGCCUAAUGAUAUCAAUGUAAGGGGGGAGGGUGUAAUUCAUAAGACAGUGUCAAGGCCAAUUUACCACCUGUUUCUUCGAAGAAAUGGAAGUAAUGGAAGUAAUCAACUACAUUGUAUUUUUUUUGUAUAACUUGUUAAUAUUUCAGUAUGAAAUGUGCAACUCUCUUUAAUAUUUUUUUAAUCCAAUCUGUAAAAAAAAAUGGUGUGGGGGGAAAGAAUGGUGGUUAAUUGACUGUUUCUAAUGGUUUAAUUAAGAGCCCUUUAUUGUCUUUCUGUAGUAAUGUCUGGAGUAGGCUUGGUUUGGUCAGACUGGUACAGCACAUGUUAUGUACAUGAGAACAUACAGUCAAAGGUAUAAUGUAGUCUGUAAAAAAUGACACUUGAAUUAGAUUGUUCUGGUGUUCUAAAGGUUUUGUCUCUGUAGGCGUAUACAGUCGAAGUCGGAAGUUUACAUACACUUAGGUUGGAGUCAUUAAAACUCGUUUUUCAACCACACCACAAAUUUCUUGUUAACAAGUUUUGGCAAGUCAGUAUAGCCGUCAUACUGGUCAGGAAGGAGACUCGUUCUGUCUCCUAGAGAUGAACGUACUUUGGUGCGAAAAGUACAAAUCAAUCCCAGAACAAUAGCAAAGGAUCUUUUGACGAUGCUGGAGGAAACAUGGAACAAAAGUAUUUAUAUCCACAGUAAAACGAGUCCGAAAUCGACAUAACCUGAUAGGCCGCAUAGCAAGGAAGAAGCCACUGCUCCAAAACCUCCAUAAAAAAGCCAGACUACGGUUUGCAACUGCACAUCGGGACAAAGAUCGUACUUUUCUGAGAAAUGUCCUCUGGUCUGAUUAAACAAAAAUAGAACUGUUUGGCCAUAAUGACCAUCGUUAUGUUUGGAGCAAAAAGGGGGAGGUUUGCAAGCCGAAGAACACCAUCCCAACCGUGAAGCACGGGGGUGGCAGCAUCAUGUUGUGGGGGUGCUUUGCUGCAGGAGGGACUGGUGCACCUCACAAAAUAGAUGGCAUCAUGAGGAUGGAAAGUGAUGUGGAUAUAUUGUAGCAACAUCUCAAGACAUCAGUCAGGAAGUUGAAGCUUGGUCGCAAAUGGGUCUUCCAAAUGGACAAUGACCCCAAGCAUACUUCCAAAGUUGUGGCAAAAAGGACAACGAAGUUAUUGGAGUGGCCAUCACAAAGCCCUGACCUCAAUCCUAUAGAAAAUGUGUGGGGAGAACUGAAAAAGCGUGUGCGAGCAAGGAGGCCUACAAACCUGACUCAGUUACACCAGCUCUGUCAUGAGGAAUGGGCCAUAAUUCACCCAAUUUAUUGUGGGAAGCUUGUGGAAGGCUACCCGAAACGUUUGACCCAAUUUAAAGGCAAUGCUACCAAAUACUAAUUGAGUGUAUGUAAACUUCUGACCCACUGGGAAUGUGAUGAAAAAAAUAAAAGCUGAAAUAAAUCAUUCUCUACUAUUAUUAUGACAUUUCACAUUCUUAAAAUAAAGUGUUGAUCCUAACUGGCCCAAGACAGGGAAUUUUUACUAGGAUUAAAUGUCAGGAAUUGUGAAAAACUGAGUUUAAAUGUAUUUGGCUAAGGUGUAUGUAAACUUCCGACUUCAACUGUGUCUAUUGCCUUUACAGUCCACUUGUCCAUGGUUACGGAUGCCAUUACUUGACUGAAUAGAUUGAUAGACAGGCAGGUUCCAUUCAUCCUGUACAACAAGCUGCAUGAUCAACUUAUCUAUGGUAUUUUGUCUAUUAUACACAGACACAAGUGGAAGAGCAAAGGGAGAGAAGAGGGUUUUAUAUGCACGACAGACAACCGCACAGCUUCCUGGGUAUUUCGAGAGGUCUGGUUAAGAGCACAUAACUGAAGCACUGUUCGAAAUGAAUGCAUUGUAAAGGUGUCAAAUUAGGAUAUUCUGAAUACGCUGUACAUACACUUUUUGCCAAAUUAAAAUGGUUGGUUUUAUUA